GCCAAAAAUAACGUAGAUUGUCAAGAAAAGCGGUCAAAAAACAAUUCUUUCCAAUCGAAGGUUCCUGUUCGUGUUCCACCUAUUUUAAUUGUCGACGUCAUAUGUUUCGGUGCACCCUCGAUCACCGAAUAUCUCCCCCAUUGAUUUUCUGAAUGUUGCCCAUGGUUUGAAACCGUAAAGAGGAGACAGAAAAUAAAAACCAUCAAUAAAGAGACUAAACGCCCACAAUUUUUUACACCGUCUUCAUCGGCUUCUUGAUCCCCUUUUCAAAUUCAAGAUUUUCAAGCAUUUUCAACACCAAAAUCUUCUCUUUAAAUAUCACAACAGAAAAAGCCCAGUAAUUCAUCACCCUUUACGAUUCUAUUCUGGAAAAGUGCUGUCUGUUCCGAACUUGCUCUUGUUUUGUUUUCAUUGCAGGACACAAACAAGGUUUUUCAGGGUUUUACCAAUCUGGGUUUUUUUUUUUUUUUGUAUUUUGUUGAGAAGGUGGUAGGUGGUGGAAUCAGAGGUAAAGAAGAGCAAGAAGAGUGAGAAAAUGAGGUGGAGAUGGGUGAUCGGGGCUUUCAUUACAAUUGUUCUUGCUAUUGCUUUGGCUUCAAGGAGUACACCAAAGAUCUCUCUGUUUGGGCAUACCAACAAGUCUUGUCAUUGUUCUCAGGAACACAGGUAUAGCGGGAUCGUAGAGGAUUGUUGUUGUGAUUAUGAGACUGUAGACCAUCUUAAUGUGGAAGUAUUACAUCCAUCGCUUCAGGAACUCGUUAAAACUCCAUUUUUUCGGUACUUCAAGGUCAAAUUGUGGUGUAACUGUCCAUUUUGGCCUGAUGAUGGUAUGUGCCGUUUGCGGGAUUGUAGUGUUUGUGAAUGUCCAGAAAGUGAAUUCCCUGAAUCAUUUAAGAAGCCCUACCAUCGUGGCCUUCCAUCAGAUGACUUUAAGUGCCAAGAAGGAAAGCCUCAGGCUGCUGUUGAUCGCACGCUAGAUAGUAAAGCUUUUAGAGGGUGGACGGAAACAGAUAACCCCUGGACUUAUGAUGAUGAGACAGAUAAUUCUGAGAUGACAUAUGUGAAUCUUCAGCUGAACCCCGAGCGCUACACUGGCUACACCGGUCCAUCAGCUAGAAGGAUAUGGGAUGCUGUCUACUCAGAGAACUGUCCCAAAUAUCCAGCUGAAGAGUUAUGCCAAGAAGAAAAAAUAUUGUACAAAUUAAUUUCUGGUCUUCACUCAUCUAUUUCGAUCCACAUAGCUUCUGAUUAUCUACUUGAUGAAGCCACAAACUUGUGGGGCCAUAAUCUCAAAUUAAUGUAUGAUCGGGUUUUAAGAUAUCCAAAUCGUGUUGAAAACUUGUACUUCACUUUCCUCUUUGUCCUUCGAGCUGUGACAAAGGCAGCUGAUUACUUGGAACAAGCUGAAUAUGAUACUGGUAAUCCAACUGAGGACCUAAAAACGCAGUCCCUGAUGAGACAGCUACUUUAUAAUCCAAAAUUGCAAGCUGCAUGCCCGCUUCCAUUUGAUGAAGCUAAAUUGUGGAAAGGACAAAAAGGACCCGAGCUGAAACAAAAAAUACAAGCACAAUUCAAAAAUAUCAGUGCCUUGAUGGACUGUGUAGGGUGUGAGAAAUGUCGACUUUGGGGAAAGCUUCAGGUUCUUGGUCUUGGAACUGCAUUGAAGAUUCUGUUCUCUGUUAAUGGAGAGGAUCACUCGGGUCAGACAUUGCAAUUGCAACGGAAUGAAGUGAUUGCCCUGAUGAAUCUACUCAAUCGACUAUCUGAGUCUGUAAAAUUUGUCCAUGAAAUGGGCCCGGCAGCUGAAAAACUCAUUGAAGGAAAGAUAUCUUCUCCUAAUAGGCUGAAUAGCGUAGUGCAAAGGAUAUGGGCAUCAAUUGUUAAGAUAUAGGUGAUGAUAACAAGAGUAUGGCAAUUCAACUGCAAAAAUCCACAUAUUCCGUUCGAAAGAUAGAUUAGUGUUUUGGAGAAAUAAGAGCGUAGAAAGUGUACAAUGAACUGUUUUGCUAUAUUUGCAGAUUUUGAAAUCUAAUGCAAACAAAACUAGAAAAGUACUAUAACAGAGAAAUUGAAAUUAUCCUGAGCAACUGCUUUCGAGGUCAUAAUAAUUUGUUUAUUGUGAUUAUCUUCGUUUAUUUUAAGAUUUUUUACUAGAAGGUAAAAUUCAGUGCAUUGAGUAGUCUUCACAAGUAUGAUGUGUGAAAGUUAAUUGUCUGUAAUUUUACACAAGCUAGAUCUCGGAAACUGUAUUACAGAUUAUGAUUUAUGAACCGAGUUU